CUUCAACGAACGCACGCGGAGCUGCGCAUCGUGUCUGGCAUCAUUGCUCCUUCGGCAACCCAAUGCUUCUACACAUUUAGCACAAACUCGCACUUCCUCCUUUUCUUUUUCUCUCCCCUCACUUUUCCUUCAGCGCGAAGGCGAUCCGGAAGUCAUGUCGUUCGCCGUCCCGCGCAACGUUCCCUCCUUUCACGAUCCUCAGCGCCGGUACGAGGACGCCCUCUGGGGAUCCUCGGGCAGGUCGCGAUUCUCGACCGGCGCAUCCAACGGCUUUGGCCUGCAUAUUCCAGGCAGCGGCGAUGGCAAGGAACUUCCCAUGUACAAGGACAAACCCUACAACUAUCCUCCGUCGAGGCGGCGCGGGCGCAGACGGCUGUACCUGGCGCUGGGAGCCUUGUUCACGGUCUUCUGGCUGUACUACGCAGGAUGGCUGGGAGGGUCGAGAGACGACGAGAGCCUGCAAAGAGACGCAAAGAGUCUGUGGAGCACCUUUUCCGCCGAUUCCAAGACGGGAUCCGUCAAUUGGACCCAGCGGAGGGAGCAGGUCAAAAAGGCCAUGGAGAUCAGUUGGGCAGGCUACGAGAAGUACGCAUGGGGCUACGACGAGUUCCACCCGUCGUCGAAGAGUGGUCGUAUGAUGGUCCCGCCUACUGGCUUGGGAUGGAUCAUCAUCGACGCGCUGGACACACUGAUGCUCAUGAACAUGACCAAGCAGGUUGAGCAUGCUCGCGAGUGGCUCAGUACAACCCUGACCUACGAGCUUGACCACGACGUCAACACCUUCGAGACUACGAUCCGCAUGCUUGGCGGCCUGCUGGCAGCCCACUACCUCCAGACGGAGUUCCCUGACAUGUGCCCCGUCGAUCUCAAGCGCAACGGCGGCGAAGAUCUGUAUCUGGAAAAGGCGUCCGAUCUGGCAGACCGCCUGCUCGGCGCCUUCGAGUCGGACACUGGCAUUCCUUUUGCCAGUGUCAACCUCAAGUCCAUGAAAGGCAUCCGCUCCCAUGCCGACGGCGGGGCCUCCUCUCUCGCGGAGGCGACUAGCGUCCAGCUCGAGAUGAAGUACAUGGCCAAGCUCACGGGCGAGAAGCACUACUGGGACAAGGCGGAAAAGGUCAUGAAGGCGGUCGACGACGCCAACGCCAAGGACGGCCUCAUGCCCAUCUUCAUCGACCCAGCGACGGGCAAGUUCACGACGGCCAACAUCCGCUUGGGCAGUCGUGGGGACAGCUACUACGAGUAUCUGAUCAAGCAAUACCUUCAGACCUCGAAACAGGAACCAGUCUACCUUCAACUAUGGGAGGAGUCCCUCGCAGGCAUCAAGAAGCAUCUGAUCACCUAUUCGAAGCACGCCAACCUGACCAUCCUUGCUGAGCGACCGCACGGCCUGAAGGGCAACCUCGAGCCCAAAAUGGACCACCUUGUGUGUUUCAUGCCAGGCACGCUCGCGCUUGCCGCCACCGGCGGUCUCACCGUCCAACAGGCCGUGGAGAAGGGAAUCAUGAGCACAACGCACGUGCACGACCUCAAGCUCGCAAAGGAACUCAUGAAGACGUGCAUGGGCAUGUACAAAGUCACCGCUACAGGCCUCGCACCGGAAAUCACGUACUUCAACAUCCACGACCCGCCACUCAUGAUGCUGGACGGCGAGCUGGAAUCUGUCGUCGACUUCUCGGUCGAAGACGCGGACUGGAGGCAGGACUACAUCAUCAAGCCGGCAGACACGCAUAACUUGCAGCGGCCCGAGACGGUGGAGAGUCUGUUCUACUUGUGGCGCAUCACGGGCGACGAGACGUAUAGGCAGUGGGGCUGGGAGAUCUUCGAGGCGUUCGUCAAGCACACGACGGUGGAUGACGGCGCGGGCUUCUCGAGCAUCAACGACGUCAACGACGUCACGGGCGGCAACACGAGGGACAACAUGGAGAGUUUCUGGCCGGCCGAAACGCUCAAGUAUCUGUACCUCUUGUUUGGGCCCGCGGACGUACUGCCGCUCGACAAGAUCAUCUUCAACACGGAGGCACAUCCCCUCCCCCGCUUCGAGCUGGGCAAGAACUUCUUCACCGGCUGGAAGAGAAAGCCGCGUGACUCUGAAGGCCGCCUGCUCGAGGACGUGGCGUCUAUCGAGGCGAAUCAAAAGCCGAUUGGCGAAAGUGGUAGCAGCAGCAGCGGCGGCGAGAUGGGACAUGAGGUCGGGCGAAUGAGAGUUGUCGAAAGGGUGGAGUAAUAUAUCGGCGGCCCGUUCCUGUCUGCAUCGUACACCUUGGGUCACGAGCUGCGUCCGAUUCGGUGUGGCAGGGUAAACGACGAUUUGCAUAGCGAUGGCGUUCCUUCUACCUUGUCGAGACGCUGUGUUGAUAGCAUUGAAUGCAACCAUGAACAUUGCGUGACAAAAAAUCUAGUCCUCCACGUCAUCCCUCCGUGGAACUCUUUUCGACAGUAUCCUUAUCAUACAUUCAAGAAGCGUGGCAGUGGCCGGUAAAAAGACAAGACAAACCCAGUCACUCGGUCGAUCUUUACAGCCUCCGUUUUUCGCUUCCUCGGCCGUGGAAACUUCGCAAAC